AUGAGCGUCAUGUCACGAUUUGGGUCCUUAAUACCGCUCGGGGAAGUCUCAUACGCCUCGACAGCAACUACGACAUCUGCUACACGACCAUCACCCGCGACCUCUACCACCCGACCAUCGCCUACCACCUCUACCGCCCGACCAUCCCCUCCCGCAGCCACCAGCUCGAAACCUCUCCAGCGAUCCCCUACCUCCCCUCCACACCAUGACAUGGCCUCCGGCCUCCUCGACGCGAUGCCCGGACCCCCGCCCAAGAUCCUCCCCGACGGCCAACCCGAGGCCGUCGACUGGUCGCGCUCGUUCUCCGGGAUGAGCACGGUGCCGUUCAGCAAAGAAUCCGCCGACGUGCUGCUUCGACCGAUCCCCCCGGAAGAUAUCGAGAUCAAACCGGAUGGGAUCGUGUAUCUGCCCGAAAUCAAGUAUCGACGGAUAUUGAACCGCGCGUUUGGGCCCGGGGGUUGGGGGCUAGCGCCAAGGGGGGAGACGAUUGUGACGCCGAAGAGCGUGAAUAGGGAGUAUGGACUGGUUGUCCAGGGGAGGCUGGUCUCCAUCGCUCGCGGCGAACAACAAUACUUCGACCCGGAAGGGAUCCCGACGGCGACGGAAGGGUGCAAGUCGAACGCGCUGAUGCGGUGCUGCAAAGAUCUAGGCAUCGCCUCCGAGCUGUGGGAUCCGGUGUUUAUUAGGGGGUUCAUGAGCAAGUACUCGAAAGAGGUCUGGGUGGAGCACGUGGCGACGAAGAAGAAGCGGAAGAUCGUGACGAAGAAGGGGGUGGAAGUGAAAUAUCCGUACAAAGAAACCAGCUUCGCGUGA